GGGAGAGGCCAGAGCUGCUUCAGAGGGAAAGUGCCUGAGCCCAGUGAUUCCUCAGGGGGCUGUGUUAGGCAGGGGCAGCCUGGGAUGCUGCAGAGGCACCAGCUGCUGGUGUUUGUGCUUCAGGUGCUGCUUUGAUCCUCACUGGUGCCACUCCUGAGGGCCUAGCUUGUUUCGGAAUAACCACUUAUGUUCUGCUUUCAUUGACGGUUUCUUUUCUUCUCUGUCCCUCUUCUCCUCUGCCUUUCCUCCUAGAAAUUUCGAGUAGAUAUGCCAGGAUCAGGCAGUGCUUUUAUCCCUACGAUCAACGCCAUCACAACCAGCCAAGACCUGCAGUGGAUGGUCCAGCCCACCGUCAUCACCUCCAUGUCAAGCCCUUACUCUCGUUCGCACCCCUACAGCCACCCGCUGCCCCCGCUCUCUUCGGUGGCCGGACACACAGCCCUUCAGCGUCCUGGUGUCAUCAAAACCAUCGGGACAACAGUGGGACGGAGACGAAGAGACGAGCAGCUGUCGCCUGAGGAAGAAGAGAAGCGAAGGAUCCGGAGAGAGAGGAACAAAUUGGCAGCUGCUAAGUGUCGUAACAGGCGUCGAGAGCUAACAGAGAAACUCCAGGCGGAAACUGAAGUGCUGGAGGAAGAGAAGUCAGUGCUGCAAAAGGAGAUUGCUGAGCUCCAGAAGGAGAAGGAGAAGCUGGAGUUUAUGCUGGUGGCUCACAGCCCUGUGUGCAAAAUCAGCCCCGAGGAACGUCGGAGCCCACCAUCGAGCAGCCUCCAGAGCGUUAGGACUGGAACAAGUGGAGCAGUGGUGGUGAAGCAGGAGCCUGUGGAAGAAGAGAUCCCAUCUUCCUCUUUGGUCCUUGACAAAGCCCAGAGGUCUGUCAUUAAGCCCAUCAGCAUUGCUGGAGGUUUUUAUGGGGAGGAGGCACUCAACACUCCCAUCGUGGUGACCUCAACACCAGCCAUCACUCCUGGCUCCUCCAACUUGGUGUUCACCUACCCCAACGUGUUAGAUCAGGAGUCUCCUCUCUCCCCUUCUGAGUCCUGCUCCAAAGCUCACCGGAGGAGCAGCAGCAGCGGGGACCAGUCCUCGGAUUCCUUGAACUCUCCCACCUUGCUGGCAUUGUAAUCCCCCUGCAGUCCCCCAUUUUGCCAGUGUGUUACAUCCACCCACAAUACCAUGGGGGGAGUCCCCCUCCAUGGGAUUAGAGACAGGCACAGGAUCGUUCAAGCACAAGGGCAGCAAGAACAAGGAUGGGGAAGUGCUACAGCUCCAGGAAAGAGAGUGAGGACCAACGCCAGCUCCCUGGAGGCAGGCAACGGCAAGGGUGGGACUGACAUGCCAGGACUGUUUGGAGAGGGUGCUGUUCCCUCUGUAGGGACUGCCUAUGAAAACCUCUUUGUGGCCAUAGUGGACUUGGGGAGCACUCCUGGCUGGAACUGAAGGCGAGCUGCAGGCAGUUGCUAGUCAUCCCUUUCCUUUGUGGAUUGAUCUGAUCAGUUGUGCUCUGUGCUUAAAUCAUUCUGGUUAGUUGAUCUUGCAGCUUCUCUCUUGCCCUCUCUCUCUCUCUGCUUAUCAUUUCCGAUGUUGUUGAUCCCAUUACAUUUCAUCCAGUUGCUCUGAACUCUAAAGGCUUGUUAGGAUCUUUCCUCUUGGGAGCGGCUGCGGGAAACAUAUAGGUUGCCCAGACAGGAGGGGGACAGCCGGGAGGAUGGGGAGAGAGGGGGAUCAAGAGGAG